AUACGGCAUUUGAGAACCUGAUUAUUUAUCAACAAGCGCGUAUUUUCACGAACUGUCCCGUUUAAGUUCCAUCAUUUGAACAUAUUUCCCCCAAUUUUUACCUCACACGAUCGACCAUGAUAAACGCAAAUAUUGAAUUCAGCCUUCGGAAAGUGCUUGGUAGGUUCAGGAGAGAUGAGUUCGUAAGAAAUCUAAAAGACUGGAGUUUCAUUUCAUCUGAUAGUUUGAGGGAAGUGGAGACAGUCGUAGCUCAAUCGAAGAGCAGUCGUAAAGCUCUCGUUGAACGUGUCGUUCAACUUACCAAGGUCAAAAAGCUGACAACUCAUGCCGUUGCACAACUUGACCUCAUCUACCAACAAAACCACCCAAACAACAAAAAGUGGAGUGUCUUUCAACUAAGCAAGCAACAAGAAUACAGAGAGAAGCAUGUUGUGACCUCACCUGAUGCCUUUCAGGAACAACUUGGAAAGCAGCUAUCCUUUUAUUUUAAAAAUGAUCUGUGUCUGAGGACGAAAGGAGAUGCCUGGUGGGUUCGGCUGGGAAUCCAGGAGGGAUCGCAGUCCCAGCGACUAUCCCCCAGCAAUGUGGUCUACAUGGUACACCACCCCCACUCCCAGUACAUCAUCUUGUCGAGCAUCAGAGUAUCCCACAAAGAUUUUGUUAUGCAGGCUUUACUAAACAGCCUCCACUGCAGUGAAAUCCGUGAAAUCCAGUUGACAGGUCGUGACCUUGACUCUCUGGCUUCCUUGGCGCUGCACAGCAACAGUCAGGGAUGGUUUUCCCAGUUCCGACUGGGUCAGGUGGACCACAAUCCCCUGUCCAAGGCGCCGUCCAGGAAGAGAAAAGCUUCGACAGACGUGUCAGAUUCAGACAUUGUCUUUGAAAAUCAGGCUGACAAAGAACAGAGGGAACAACAGAUUCUCCAUGCGUUCGGAUCCAAUGAGCAGCCCAAGCUACAGAAGAUAGAAUACAGGCUUGAAACCAGGUUCCGAGGGUCCGAAUUCGCUCCAGCGAUGGCCCUCCGCAAGGAACCUUUCCACUGCAAGGUCAAGUUUGAAGGUUCCAGCGUCCUUGAGGGUAUUAAGGAGCUGGGGAAGGUCGGGCUGACUUCCUUGCCACUACCCCACCACCUUGGCAAUGUACACUCGCUGGCCAAGAACCACUUUGUGCUGGCAGACAAGAAGCGAGUUCGACCAGAACAGAAGUGAAAUGUUCACACAACAGUCACAUGCAACCUUUGUUCCAAAAUGCCCCUCAUUAUGGGUAAUGAUACGUUCACUGCUGCCAGUUUGCAUGUAUUGAGUGUAUUAAGACUCCUGCAAUUGAACUUUUGGUCGUUGUCAUGCGAUCAUGCUCAUAUCAGACUAAAGAAAUCAAAAGAAGUGAAGCUAUGAAGAUGAGUGAAGGGCCGAUUCACAUACAGUGCACCACCAAGAGGUUUCCCUGAAGAGACCAUGUUUCAAGUUUUUGAUCGAACAAAAGCACUGCCACCUUGCCCUGAUUAGCAUUUGAGCGUAGUAGAAAAGUUGUGGAAAAUGUUGAUAGGCUGUAACAUUCCAUGCAACAGAAAGAAGAAAGGUUAGCUUAAAAAUGCUACUUCAACUACACAAUACACACUUCCAUUUUUUCUUCCCUGACAAGCAAAUUUUGGGAAUAAGUUAUCGCGCGCAGUAGGAAAAUAGAAUUUGUUGAUCAGUUCCUACAAUGCACUAUAAAAAGGGCCUUUUCUUGGCAACUUUUGUGUGGCACUCUUUAUGGUAAAUUGGCUCAACAUCUCUGUGGCUUGUCCUUUACUAAGCAAUGAAAUCAUAUCCCAGCCUGGAAGUAUUUUUUUCUGUUAAAGGACAGCUGCUUUGACUGUUACCACGUCAGCAAUGUCAUAUAUGUUUUUAUGCAUGGGACAGUUGGUGUUGUCUGUAACCAGCUUCCAGUGCUACGGCUACACCCAUUCCUAUGCUCGACUCUCAUACAGUUACAUUGUUGGCAGUCCUAAAAUUUUUCUGUCAUUGUUUUCAUCUGGCAUGCAACACAAAACACCUGAGAGUUAUUGUACUGAUAAAUAGUGUCAACCGUUAUAACAAGACACUUAAUAAAGCGCAGCACUAAUAGGCAAACUGUCUUGACCCCUUCAACUUCGUACUGUUGGUCUCUUGCCCAGUGCAUAGUUAUACAAUGUAGUCACUGCACCAACCAGUUUUCUAUGGAAUGGGCACAAAACUGAUGCACGAAAGUAUGAGUACCAUUCCAUAUGUAACAGAAAAACACAGAAAAUACUGUCACUUUUAAAUUUCUAACACAGAUAACAGUUGUGCCUAUACGAAGCAUUCAGUAUUUUUUAACUUGUGCCAUUGAAACUACCCAUUUCAAAAAGGAUGUUUUUGCACUUUGGAAGUGGUUGUAGCUUCAUUGCUAGCUGAGCUACAUAUUUAUUUUGAAAACGUUUCUUCUGUUGGGCAAAAGUUUAGCAACGGAAAAUUGUUAGAUGAAAUGCUAGACUAAAUAUGUUGACUUGCCCAAAGUUUCUGUAGAAGUACAUGUAUUUGUACCAGUGUUGAAUUUGAUGUGCCACACUUGAGCGAAAUGACUGUUUUAAAUUUCUUUCUUUUAACUUAAAAAUAUAUUUUUAACUUUUUAUGGCUACUGGCUAAGAAUGCUGUUAACAGCCCAAGAUAUUUCUAUUGAUGAGUUUCUCAAAAAUUGGCUGAUCAAUCCGUUGCUACUCACUGAAGCAUACAUUAUUCUUAACACUUCUUGUAUAGUCUUGUAAACCAGUGACAAUCCAGUCUACAGAAUUUAACAGCCGUUUACACAAAUAGUAUAAAUGCCACAGAGCAAUAGUAAACAUUGUGUUGAGUGGUGUUUACAAACGAUUGGUCUUUAAAGACCAUUGGCACUAUAGUCUGUGCACUGCCAGUGCGCGAUUUGAAGAGUGCACUUCAUUGACUAGACCUGAGAAAGAAGUUGUGCUUAACAUAAUAUUAGGGGCGGAUUUGACCCCCUUAAAUCAAGCAUUUCUUGCACAAAUUAGUGUGCUGUUGAUUUCAGUUGUCUGUGGUCCGAGCUUUCUAAAGUGAAUAAGCCACUUGCGAGUUAAAUUUGAAUGAAAUCGGGUACACUGUGUUAUCUGAUUGCACAUACACGUAACAAUUU